AUAUGCUUCCGAAGUUGACGUCGAUUUUGUAAGAAAAUCUGUUCGAGCAAUUGGACAAUGUGCCAUCAAGAUUAGUGAAUCUUCGGAAAGAUGUGUUAAUGUAUUGUUAGAUUUGAUUAAUACUAAAGUUAAUUACGUAGUUCAGGAAGCAAUUGUCGUUAUCAAGGACAUAUUUCGAAAAUAUCCACAUAAAUAUGAAGGAAUUAUCCCAACAUUAUGUCAAAAUUUGGAUGCAUUAGAUGAACCAGAAGCCAAGGCUUCUCUAAUUUGGAUUAUUGGUGAAUAUGCUGAAAGAAUUGAAAAUGCUGAUGAAUUAAUCGUUACAUUUUUGGAUACAUUCCGUGAUGAAAAUUUUCAGGUUCAAUUACAAUUGGUUACCACAAGCGUCAAGCUUUUCCUCAAAAAACCACAAUCAACACAAACCAUCGUACAACGUGCUCUACAAACCGCUACAAUCGAAUGUGAUAAUCCUGAUAUUCGUGAUCGUGCAUAUAUUUAUUGGAGAUUAUUAUCAACAGAUCCACAGGCUGCCAAGGCUGUUGUUCUGUCAGAUAAACCUCCGAUAUCCGUUCAAAGUAAUACGAUUUCUAGCUCUUUACUUGAAGAAUUGAUUAGUAAUAUUUCGACUCUUGCCAGCGUAUAUCAUAAACCUCCUGAAACGUUCCUAGGGAAAGGUCGCUUUGGCGCUGAUGCUGUUCAACGACGGGCUAUCGAGGAACAAGAAGAGGCUUCCCGAGAGUCACCGAUCCAGGCUCAAACUAAAACAAAUAUUGAGAAUCUAUUGGAUCUAGAUUUUAGUGAUACUAAUACUGUUGUUUCAACUACAAAAUCUCCUCCGACAUCUUCCAAGUCUUUCACGCCAAAUGCCAAUGUGGACGAUUUAUUGGACUUGUUUAAUGACAAUA